UUACUGUGUGCAAAAAAAGAAGAGAGAAUGUAAUGUCUAAACACUCAUAAAGUAACGGAUUUUAUUGUAUAGCAAGAAAGUUUGAAAUAACGGCAAGAACAUCAGACGAUCAAACUUAGUAAAUAUACCAAAUGUUUGGACCGGUAAUAACAAUUAAAUAAAGUUUAAUAAUUCUAUAACAUAUGAAGACCGAUCGUCUAACCCUAAGCAUUAUCCUAACACACAAGAAGGGGAGAUGAAAAAUAACAAUCUGAGGACACAUAAAUUUACGUUAAUAAACUCAUUCAGUCAGUAGUGGAAACCAAAUUUGAGAGACAUUACUCAUUAGGCAGAUCAUGACCUACAUCAUGAUAAGUUUAAAGCACAUGGCGAAAGAAGUAACAAAAAGUAGAGAAUUGGGUUUGAUGCAGUGAGCUAAAGAACAAAAGCAAAGAAAAUUAAAAGAGAAGCAGUUUGUCUUAUCAAUGGCUUGGUGAGUGGUAUUAGAUUGAAGAGAACUCUUGUUUCAUCUAUUUCCGUAAGUACCUGAAGUCUGAACCAUUCUUUUUAAGAGAUUCCUCAGAAUCCAAGCAUUUCAGGACAUAAUAGUCAGACGGCAAAGGCCCCGUAAGGAAAUCCUAUUUCUUGUAUUUUUUCCUAUCCUCCUUCGCUCCACAAGAUCAAAAUGGUCGAUGAUAUUUCAACUGGUUCCACGAUGUAAUAAACUGUAACGACAAACCAAACCUUGUUUACUUUAAAUUAUAUCUCUCAAGCAAAGCCUUUCCAAUUAUUUUAAUCGUGUAUGUGAUUUCAUAUACCUAGUUAUGUAACUGAAGCUAUGGUGGGUGUUGUAGAUCUUGCUAUUGACUCCGGCGAUCACAUACAAAAGGAUCGAGUUAUGUAUGUAUGAUGAUGAAGCGACGCUGGAAACUGAAGAACGUAGCGUCGCCGGCAGAUAAUUCCGGUGAAAUCUUGAAUAAUGUUUAACACUAUGUGAUGUGUCAAGUUGUUGUAAUAUUGGGCUUUUUUUUUUUAAACGUCUGAUUAAUUAUGCUAUUACAAUGAUGAGAACAUUACAUAGACGAUUUUACAGCCGACAAUUCUACCACUUUGUGAGAAUACACGCAUGACUGCAUCACUCCGAGCCGUCCUAUGAGAUCCAUGUUCGAUGGUACGCCAUGCACCAAGCUGAAGAUCUCUUGUAACAUAUUUCUCUAUAAUCUGCAUAAUUUGGUAUUUUCUGGGGUUUGAACCUCAGACCUCCGGGUAUAGAAGCAUUAAUGAACCUUUAGUCAAACCACUGAACCAAGGGGGCUUCCACUCCUUCAUGGGCUUUAAUACAAAACUUGGUUGACAAACAAAAAAGAGAGGAUAAUUUGCGAGAGGAAACCUUAACAAAAAUUAGGGUUUCAAAUCUCUUAUUUUCUCCACGCUCCAAAAGUUAGGUUACUCCUUUAGAUCUCAAACGACUGGGAGAUGAAAGCUGCGAGAUUGGGAAGUGAAGAGGUUAUGUAUCCAGAUAGGAUCAGUAACCUACCUAACGAUUUGCUCUUACGAAUCCUCUCACUGGCUCCGGUAAGAACUGCAAUGUCCACAAGCUUAUUGUCUAAACGAUGGAAGUAUGUGUGGAAGAUGAUGCCAACGCUUGUGUAUGACGAAACAUGUCCUUACAUUGGUCCCCUUGGAUUUGACCUAUUUUGUGGUGUGUCCUUGCCUUUACAUGAAGCUCUCAAAACACUAAAUCUCAAACUUGGGAAGUACACUGAUUCCAUAGAUAUUCUUUUAUUCACAAACAUCCGUUCAAAUCCCCUAAAGAUGACAAUCAAUUUGAAUUAUUUUUAUAGUUAUUACACUCCUAUCACAUUCCCAAAUAACAUCAACGUCUUCAAAACACUCCUUGUCUUGAAGCUUAAAGGAAGGAUUGUCCUGGACGUUGUUGAUUCUCCUGUUUGUUUCCCUGCCCUGAAAAUUUUGCACCUCAUUUGUGUGAAUUUCCAAUGCGAAGAAUCUUUCACAAGACUUUUAUCUGCUUGUCCUGUUCUUGAAGAUCUCUUCCUCCAAAGACUUUCCAGUCGUGACCGUUUUUUGUUCAGCAUGUCAGUCCCUUCUCUACAGAGAUUAUCCAUUACUAAAGAAUGUGCCACUUAUGGUUCCGAUGAACCAAGACUUGAGAUAAGCACUCCUUGUUUGAAAUACUUAAAGAUCUUUGAUCGCAGAGGUUAUUAUAACUUUCUUGAGGAUAUGCCUAAACUAGUGGAGGCAGAUGUAUCAGUUGAUAUGUCCAAAAAUGAAAAGCUUCUAAGAGUUCUUUCUUCAGUUGAGCAUCUUGUGAUAUGUUUAUAUCCUUCAAUGGUUCUUGAUCUUACGGAUAGUUUAAUCUUCAACCGGCUUCUUCAUCUUGAACUAAAUGUUUGCAACAGUUUUCGCUCUAAUCUACUUCUGAGUUUGCUGAAAUAUUUUCCUAAUUUACAAUCUCUCAAUCUUGGCCGCACAUAUCCUGAAGAUACCGAGGAUCAACUGUAUUGUUUAGGCUCGGAACCGAGCUCUGUUCCUAAAUGCUUGAGCUUCCAUCUCGAGAGUAUUCAGUGGAGAGGGUAUGCAGGAACACUAGAUGAGAGAGAAGCCGCAGCUUACAUUCUGAAAAACGCUCAUCGUUUAAAGACCUCUACGAUCAGAUUACAUACAACGUGCAUGGAUAAUGGUCAGAUUAUAAUGAAGGAUUUGACAUCUAUGUCCAAAGCUUCGGACUCAUGUCAGCUUGUAAUCGAAUAA